GCGGUUGGCGAAAUUUUAAUUAAAUUUGAAGCACUACAGUUUUAGGCCUAAAAGAAAAAAGCAGUGAGUAUUUGUGGUGGGGUUAGGGUUUUCGAAUUGGCGGGAAUAAGUAGGAUAUUUGGCUGAAUUCCCAAAAAUUAAAGUGCAGAGGAAAAGAGAAACCCUAAGAGAAAGAUGGGGAAGGAUGAAGAAGAAAUGAGAGGGGAGAUAGAGGAGAGACUGAUCAACGAAGAAUACAAAAUCUGGAAAAAGAACACUCCCUUCCUUUACGAUCUGGUCAUCACCCAUGCCCUCGAGUGGCCUUCUCUCACCGUCGAGUGGUUGCCCGACCGCCUUGAGCCCCCUGAUAAGGACUACUCCGUCCAGAAGAUGAUCCUCGGCACCCACACCUCCGAGAACGAGCCCAACUACUUGAUGCUCGCCCAGGUCCAGCUUCCCCUCGAUGAUGCCGAGAAUGACGCCCGCCACUACGACGACGAACGCUCCGAUUUGGGCGGCUUUGGAGCUGCCAACGGCAAGGUCCAAAUCAUCCAGCAAAUCAAUCACGAUGGCGAGGUUAACCGGGCUCGUUAUAUGCCUCAAAACCCUUUCAUUAUUGCCACCAAGACUGUUAGCGCUGAAGUUUAUGUCUUUGAUUACAGCAAGCAUCCUUCUAAGCCCCCUCUCGACGGGGCCUGCUCUCCUGAUUUGCGUCUCAGAGGCCACAGCACCGAAGGCUAUGGUUUGUCUUGGAGUAAGUUCAAACAAGGUCACCUCCUCAGCGGCUCUGAUGAUGCUCAGAUUUGCUUAUGGGACAUUAAUUCUACUCCUAAGAACAAGUCCCUUGAUGCUUUCCAAAUCUUCAAGGUCCACGAAGGCGUCGUUGAGGAUGUUGCCUGGCAUCUCCGCCACGAGUAUUUAUUUGGCUCUGUCGGUGAUGACCAAUACCUCCUCAUUUGGGAUCUCCGAACUCCUUCUGCAACCAAACCUGUCCAGUCUGUUGUUGCUCACCAGAGUGAGGUUAACUGCUUGGCUUUUAAUCCUUUCAAUGAGUGGGUUGUAGCAACGGGAUCCACAGAUAAAACGGUCAAGCUAUUUGAUAUACGCAAGAUCAACACAGCACUCCACACAUUUGAUUGCCACAAGGAGGAAGUUUUCCAAGUUGGAUGGAAUCCCAAAAACGAAACCAUCUUAGCCUCUUGUUGCCUUGGAAGAAGGCUAAUGGUGUGGGAUCUUAGCAGGAUUGAUGAAGAACAGACACCAGAGGAUGCUGAAGAUGGGCCUCCAGAGCUUCUUUUUAUUCAUGGGGGACACACAAGUAAAAUAUCAGAUUUUUCAUGGAACCCUUGUGAAGACUGGGUGGUCGCAAGUGUGGCUGAAGAUAACAUACUUCAGAUAUGGCAAAUGGCAGAGAAUAUCUACCACGAUGAAGAUGACAUACCAGGGGAUGAAUCCAAUAAAGGUCCCUAGAGUGCGGACAUGAGAAUCAGAUGUAGAUUUUAUUUUUAUUCUUUUUGAUUUUAUAAUUUGUGCCUUAGAUGUUGGCUCCCUGUGUAGCUUAGAGGAAACCUAAGUUAUGAAAGUGUUGCCAUUACGAUGCAUGCACAGUUUCUUGAAAGCAAAAGCUUAGUUUGUAUUUGUAGUUGCAGUGAGUGCAACGACACUGUUGUACCCAGAAAUUAGGAAAUAGUAGUAAUUUUGGAAAA